AUGAUGUCAGCUCUGGUGUCGGAGCAACCCAAGAUGAGUGCCACCGAGGCUUUCGCGAGAGCAAUCUGGGCCAGCAACAAUAGGGAUCAAUAUCAUGGAUACAGUCCCCCUCAGCAUGCAUUUGGCAGGGCUCCGAAUGAGUUUGGGCAGCUAGGAGAAAGCAAGCUUCGGGAUGUUCCGGUUCUGACUGAGCAUGGAGUUUCAGCUGAGUUUGGUGUGGAUGUGAAGGCUAUGUUCACGGCUGAGAAGGCUUUCUUGGAGGAGCAAGCUCGAGAACGGUUACGGAGGGCUGAGCUGUCAGGGGCCCGUACCAUGAGGCACUUUUGUCCGGGCGACUUAGUGUAUGCGUGGCGACGAAUGACUCCCAAGGCUGAUGGCAAUAAGCACUUUAAGGGUGGACGUUUUGUGGGAGGAUGGUCGGGAAACAAGCGCCAAGAAACGAAGGGGGACCCGAACACGCAGAAAGCAGGGAGCGAGAGCGAGAGCGAGGGAGAAGUAGAAGUCCGCCCCAACGGGGACUGUGGAAUGGUGAUGGAGGACGAGGAGAAUAGUUUCUGGAGCAAGGAAGGAGCUGCCAUGGAAUUCUCGGUGGGUUUACCGAAGCUGAAGAGCAAGCAAGGAAAGGAAUGGAGCCGGGAUUUAGGGUGCUUCUUCGUGAAACAGCUUCGUCGUCAGGCGGUGGAGAUCUCAGAACGCCAUUUGUCGGAGAAAGAGAGAGAGGGCUUCAGAGGAGCGAAACAGAAAGAGGUGAAGAACUUCAUAGCCGCAAAAGCAUUUCAGGCAAUGCCUGAAGGAAUGAAGCCUAGCAGAAGUCAGAUCUUAAAAAUGCGAUGGAUUCUGACGUGGAAGCUUGAUGAGAACCCUGAAGGCGAACCCCUGAAGAAAGACUCCCAAGGAAACGCCCUGAAGCCAAAAGCCCGAGCGGUGGUCUUAGGCUACAUGGAUCCUUUGUAUGAACAUCGUCCUACGAGUAGCCCUACCAUGAGUAGAACCACUCGUCAGCUGUUUUUGCAAAGCUGUGCAAACAAGGGAUUCACGGUUGAGAAAGGGGAUAUUAGCGGGGCGUUCCUUCAAGGAGGUGACUUUGGACCGGAGAGGGUAAUGGCAUGUGAGCCACUUCCUGAGAUCUGUGCUGCUUUGGGAGUUCCAGAACAAAGCACCAUGUUGUUGACAAAAGCAGCGUAUGGAUUGGUGGAAGCUCCUAUUCAAUGGUUUUUGAGCAUUUCUCGUUUCCUGGAAAGCAUUGGGGGAGAACAACAGCUCUCCGACCCAUGUUGUUGGUCUUUCUUCAAGCCUGAGCGAGAUAGUCAAGGACGCCGAAUCUGCAUAGGUCAUGUUUGUGGACAUGUCGAUGACUUUCUGUUCGGAGGUUUGGACUCAUGUUCAGAAUGGCAGGCGAUUAAGGAGAAGAUCCAAACCAGGUUCAAAUGGGGACAAUGGGAAACCAAGAGGUUCACUCAAUGUGGGGUUCUGAUUGAACAGGAUGAGAAUGGGUUUGCACUGAGUCAACCAGAAUACCUGGAAGCAGUCACCGAGAUACAUGUCGGACGAUCUCGGUGGAAUGAGCCUGAAGCCCCCAUAAACCAUGUGGAGCUACAUCAGCUUCGAAGUGUGCUGGGAGCCUUGUCCUGGCAUGCCACACAGGUGGCACCACAGUGGAGCGCCCCGGUGAGUCUACUGCUCUCGAAGAUCCAUCAGGGCACCGUCAAUGAUAUCAUCGAGACAAAUAAGCUGCUACGAAAAGCCAAACUGGGACAACACCAGAAGUUGCUCAUACAUCGACAAGAGUCUCCGACACCGUUGAUCGCAGCAUGGGCCGAUGCGGCCAAUUCCAACCGUCCCGAUGGCGGCUCUACAAAGGGCGUGUUCGUUGGAUGGACAUCAGAGGACCUACUCAAAGGAAACUUGGUGAGCAUUAGUCCGAUAUUCUGGCAGUCGGCUAAGAUACAGAGGGCGUGCAGAAGCUCGGCUGCAGCAGAGACACAUGCGGCUGUUGAUGCGGAAGAUGAGUUGUAUGCCAUUCGUCUUCAAGUCAGUGAGUUCUUGGGUGAACGAAUUCAGCUGUGGUCCUGUGAUGAGUCGGUGAAGAUGGUGAAGGGAGUGCUGGUGACUGAUAGUAAGAAUGUCUAUGACAGAUUGAACCGUACGGUGAUGACCUUUCGUGGUGCUGAAAAGAGAGCUGACAUCGAAUCCUUGUGUUUAAAAGAGAGCAUGAAUGCUACAGGGCUGAUGCUUCGCUGGGUGAACGGUGACAGCCAACUGGCAAACUCUCUUACGAAGGAAACCGAGUUGCACCAGCUGUUCGAGUACCAUAGGCGUAAGGGCCAAUGGCGGAUUGUGUAUGAUCCUGAGCUCCUUUCGGGUCGUAAGCGUAAGCAGUUAGGAGUUGAUCGGCUGGCACAAGUGGCAGAGUGA